AUUUUCUUCCUUGUCAAGCAAGAUAAUAUUGAAUAAGUUAACAACAAAUACAUCAUAAACUCCAUUAUAUAUUAUGUACGUAACAGCACAAUAUUAAUCACAGGGUUAUGAUGCCAGCCAAAAAUGGGGGACUAGAAAGGGUCAUCACACAAAUAUCAUGUUUCAUGUUACGUUCUCAAACACAUCAUAAGCCUCAUAGAAACAUUAUUAUAUAGCGAAGAAACCAACACUCGAGUAGAAGCAUUCGACAAUCAAAAAAGAAAGUGUUUUAACUAUCAUGGCGUUACGAGAGAUAGUAAGUGAUGAUAUAGAGAGCUACAGUGAGCCAUCUCUUUGUCUGGAUAAAGCCAAGGAGCUUCUUGCACUCCUCAAUUUACCCACAGGAUUGUUGCCACUGAAGGACAUGACAGAAGUUGGGCACAACAAAACAAAAGGGUUUGUGUGGAUGAGGAUGAGAAGCAAGAUUGAGCAUACAUUCGCUGCAAUAGGUCGUAAAGUGAUAUAUGACACGGAGAUAACUGCUUUUGUUGAAGACCGUAGGUUGAAGAGACUAACGGGAGUUAAAAGCAAGGAACUCAUGAUCUGGGUUCCAGUGCAUGAUAUCUUCAUCAAGAGAAAGAGCCUGAGAAGAUAACAUUUGCUAAUAACACCGGCCUGUCACGAACAUUUAAGGUUUCAGCAUUUCAGAGCGAGGGCUGAUGAAUCGGAAGAAAAAGAGAAGUGACUAAAGUUACUUGAUGUAGUAAGCAAACAAUAAAGAACAUAAAUUGUUCCAUAUCAAUAGAACGAACACAGUGUCAUUAAUAUCGUAAAGAGAAUCAUUUCCCUAAGUUUUUGCACAUGACCAACGUUAGUAAAUACUCGCAUAUAGGUAAAUAUCUAUAAAGUGAGACAAUGUGUAGACUGUAGAGUUAGGUUUUACCAAAUACCAAGUUCACUGUU